GAUCCGACGGCGGGGCAGGAAAGCGAGGCCUGACACCCGCCGCCAUCCACCCCCCAACCCGCCAACUCAUGCGCGCUUUUCCUCGGCGAAAGAUCUCCCGGCCGGGCUUACUCGCGAGUAAUAGCGUCCCCGGGGAGCCAAAUCGAAAGCGGCUGCGCCGGCAGGGGCGGAGCGCGGCGGGGAGGAGCCGGGCGGAGGCGGUAGUGGCAGCCGAGGAAGGCGAGCGAUCGGGGCGCGCAAUGGGGCUGCUGAGCUUUGCGCGCGAGCCGGUGCCGGAGACGCUGAGCUCAGACCUGCAGCAGCUCAACCAGCUGAGCUCCCAGGUGCAGCUACCGGCGGAGCGGGGGGCUUGGGAGCGGGGGACACACCUAUUUUCCGAAUAUUGGGGCGCUGGUUGCCGAAGACCCCCCCCCAAAAAAAACCUGGCGCUGGGAGGAGGAACCCUCCGGCCAGUGGGGCUGGCGCGUCGCCACGGGGAAGGAAGCAGCGCGCACGAGCGCGCGCUACACUCCUGCGCUUCGCUGCGCGUCAUCCUAAAGGGCGACCCCCCCCUCCUCCCCCGGAGGAGAUCCUCUGGACCGGAGUCCCGGCGCGCCCGGAGGCUCCGCGAAGCUGCGUGAGCAGGAUCGGGGCCCCCGGCUUGCUUUUAAAAGCCUCGCUGGUCUUGGAGAGGGUUGGAAGGGACCCCCCAAGGCUACGAACUCGUAGCUCUUUUAAAACGCGUUUUUAAAGAUUCACUCAGGGAAGGAACCAAAAAGCCAAACAGAUCAGCUUUCUAAAAAAUAAAUAAAACUAAGUCUAGUUAUUGGCAUCCGGUCUUCCAAAGAAAAGCCCACGAUUAUGGUUAGUUUGAUAUUCUGCCUUCGGAAACGGCACCUCGCGUUUUAUCCGUGUUAUUUUAGUUGCCCGUGUAAAUGUGGGGUGUAGUACAGUAUUUGCAAGAUCGGUGGAAACUGGAUUCGAAGGAAUAAACUUUAAUUUAGCCGUGUGCUGCUGAAAAACUGAAUCUUGGGCAGAUACCCCAUAGCUUCCUUCCUCUGCCAGCCUCGCCACAACCUCCACCUUAGGGCCAUGUCUAAAUCACUUCAUUCCCCAUGAAUAUUUCAUCUCCCUGUUUUUUAAAAAACAAAACAAAAAUCUACUCUCUGUCUCUUUGCCUAGUCUCAGAUAGUUUAGAGUCCAAAAUCUUUGGCUGCAACUCUUGCCCUCUCCGGGGUGUUGUUGGCGGGGUUUUGUUGUGGUUUUUAUUUUUAUUUUAUUUUUUGCUGCUGUUGGCGUUAGCUUUUUUGUAUCUUUAUUUUGUAUCUUGCAGUGAUGGUUGUGUAUUUUUUAAAAUGUUUUGUUUAUGGCUACUUGAACGUUGUAGCUACGUAUUUCUUUUCCUGUUGUCAGCCGCCUUGAACAUAGUUUGAACUGUGGAAAGGCUGGGGACAAAUAAAAUUAGGGAUGCAUGUAUAUGUCUUGAGACUCUUGACUGAUUCAGUUCAGGAGGGGAGAGUUCCUCUUGUGCUUGAAUCCUGUUUGUAGGUUUCCCAUCUGGUUGGCCUUGAAAGAAUAGGAUGCUGGGAUAAAUACAGAUCUAAUAACUUUUGUGUUAUUAUAGGUAUACCUCUGAUCCAGCUGCAACACUGUCUUCUUUUAAUUUUGUCUCCUGACACCAUAUAUUCAUUAUUUCCAAGAUUAUAAAUGAUGCACAGGGACUGGAUUCAAAGGAAUAAUUUUUAUUUAGCAGUAUGCUGCUGCAAAACUAUACACGACAAACUGCUGCAUUCAGCUUCCGUUCCCUGCUGGUCUCACCCAGAAUUCCUUCCCCGCGUACAACCAUUUCUAAAUCACUUUAGUUCCUGCUCACGAGACAUCAGGCUCGCGUUAUCCCUCCCUCAUUGCACAGCGAGCAUAUCUGACCAAAGGCACCCAGCGAAUUUGAUGUGUGCCGCCUCAAUAGCUGAUGCUCUUAAACAGUUCCUGCUUCUCCUUGGUUCCUGCAAGUCCACUCUUCUGGGGCCACUUUUUUUAAAAAAAACAACCCAAAAUAACUCUUUAUUACUGUUAUUAUUUUUAAAAAGGUUCUACAAAAUUCUGCAAAGUACCGUGUUAUCAAAACAGGAUCUGCUGGCAACAUACGUUGCCCAUAUACUGUUGAACAAAUAUAGACACGAAAUGAAGCCAGAAUAAAUAAACCACAGGCAUGCUGCGAUAGCUCACUUGGUGGAGCAUGAGACUCUUCAUCUCUGGGUCCUGGGUUCCAGCCUCAAGUUGGGCGAAAGAUUCCUACCUGUUGGGGUAGAUGAUUCUUGUGGUUCUUUCCAACUCUGCAGUUUUAUGCGGAUGCGUGGAAGGCAGCGAUAUAAUGAUUAGACAAGACAAGGUUAAUUAAACAAUGACCCUGCUUUAUGGCAUUAACCAUAUUUGUUUGUAGACCAAGCAGGGGUCCUCCUUCCUUACAAAUGAAAUAAAGUCAAACCAAAGAGGUAUGAAAUCAUCCUUUUUUUCCCUUUAGUGCCUAGGGACUUAUUAGUUAGUUUUCCCAGCAGGGUGAUAUCCCUGUGGCUACCACAGAGGUACCGUAUCCUUUUUUUCCCCAAAAAAUUUUUUUGUUGGUUUUCACAAUAUUAUAAACAAACAAACAAACACACAAGACAAACAAACAAAACAAACAUAAAUCAUAGCCUUAUUAAAAAUUACAGUUAUUAACUUUGUUAAGUGACUUCCUCACUUCCCCUUGGUUGAAUUUCAUUGCAUGUCCUUUUAACGGUUUUCCAAAUCCCAAUUUUCAUGAAAUUUAACUUAAACAUUAACAUUCUUAAAUCUUCACCUUAUAGAAUUAAACAUAUUAAUUCAUCACUUAACAUAAAUAAAAUCCUAAGCCUACUAAGUAUCUGCAAGCUAUUUCCAGUUAGUUUAACUUAACAAAUUUAACUAAAUAGUCAUUAAAUUUAUUCCAUUCUUCCUGAUAUUCCUUCUGCUUCUGGUCGCGGACUCUUCCGGUCAGGUCGGCUAGUUCCGAAAAAUCCACCAUCUUCAUCUGCCAUUCUUCUAUUGUUGGUAAUUUUUGGGUUUUCCACUUUUUAGCCAACAAAAUACGAGCAGCAGUUGUGGCAUACAAAAAUAAUUUAACAUCUUUCUUGGGCAAUUCCAAACCUGUUAUUCCAAGAAGAAAGGCCUCUGGUUUCUUUAUAAAUGUAUAUUUCAACAUUUUUUUCAAUUCAUUAUAAAUCUUUUCCCAGAAGUCUUUCACCUUGGGACAGGUCCACCACAUAUGAUAAAAGGUUCUUACCUUUUCUUUACAUUUCCAACAUAUAUUGUCACAUUUAUGAUAUAUCUUUGCUAAUUUUACAGGAGUCAAAUACCAUCUAUACAUCAUUUUCAUUAUAUUUUCCUUUAGCAAAGUACAUGCGGUGAGCUUGACCACUUUCUUCCACAAUCUUUCCCAAUCCUCAAACAUUAUAUUAUGUCCUACAUCUCUUGCCCAAUCUAUCAUCACAGAUUUAACUUGUUCAUCUUUUGUAUGCCACUCCAACAAUAGCUUUAGCUGGCUGCUAAAACUGUGAGCCAGGCUCCUGGAGAACUCAUGAGCUUUCUGUCUCCACUCCAACCUGGCAGCACAAUAAAAAGCGCAGCUGUUAGUCAUGCCUUUUUCGCAUUCCAGGUAUCUCCCUCAAGGUCAUGCUUCUGUUUUUGGGGUUAUCACCUCAUCCAAGAAUGCGACCGCUUUGCUCUCCUGGAUGCCCUGCCUUCCGACCCUAUGGCUGAACUGUUUCGUGAUUUAUUUACUUUUUGGGGGGGGAAAUGCUUGUAGGAUUUUAUUUUGAUUAUUUAGUUCGUAAAAUGUACGCACCGCUUGCAAAAAGGAAAAGAAAACCCUCAGAGUGGUUUUCAAAAAAGGCAAAACAACAUCAGUAAGAAAAAAUGCUAACUUAGGACUUUUGGAAAGGUGAAAUAACACGAAACUAAAAACAGAUUAAGACUCUUGUCAACUUUCUAAACAUCUGUUGUUAGCCGCCCUGAGCCCGGCUUCGGCUGGGGAGGGCGGGAUAUAAAUAAAUAAAUAAAAAUUUUUAUUAUUAUUAUUAUCUGGGUUGGCUUGUCUAAACAAGAAUGCUUUAAGCAGGCGCUGAAAAGAGUACAGCGAAGGUGCCUGCCUGAUAUCAAGUGGCAUGGAGUUCCAAAGGCCCUCCACACUAAACGGGCAAGUUCCUGCAAAUGAGCAACGGGCUUUAUGUAGCACCUGUAACAGCACCUGUUCUAAAUAGCCGAGUGGUCGUACAUGCGGAAAGGCGAUCGUGUAGGUAAACUGUUUGCAUUCAGUGCUAGUCCUCCCCAGGGUAAAGGUAAAGGUAAAGGUACCCCUGCCCGUACGGGCCAGUCUUGCCAGACUCUAGGGUUGUGCACUCAUCUCACUCUAUAGGCCGGGAGCCAGCGCUGUCCGCAGACACUUCCGGGUCACGUGGCCAGCGUGACAAGCUGCAUCUGGCGAGCCAGCGCAGCACACGGAACGCCAUUUACCUUCCCGCUGGUAAGCGGUCCCUAUUUAUCUACUUGCACCCGGGGGUGCUUUCGAACUGCUAGGUUGGCAGGCGCUGGGACCGAACGACGGGAGCGCACCCCGCCGCAGGGAUUCGAACCGCCGACCUUUGAUCGGCAAGUCCUAGGCGCUGAGGUUUUACCCACAGCGCCACCCGCGUCCCCCUCCCCAGAUUAGACCAACUGAAAUCAAUGAACAUUGCUAGCAUAGAACUGAAGAAUUGGAAGGGACCCUGGGGUCAUCUAGUCCAACCCCCUGCGUUGCAGGAAUCUCAACUCAAGCAUCCAUGACAGGUGGCCAUCUGUCUGUCCAUUAAUUGUAGCAGGUCUACUCUGAGUAAACGUUAGUUGGCUGCAACCCAUAUUAUUAUCAUUAUUGUUUUUUACAAAAAAUAUUGUUUCUUAAUCCUUAGCACUCUGCCAGAGCUCUGUAGGCUCCCUGGUGUGCAAACAGGGCUGCUGCCUCUCUCUGGGGGAUUUGGAGAAUGCCCAGCACAUGCAAACAGAGGAUUCAAGCGCUCCUGUGUGGAGGUCGAUACCUUUUAAUUGGGCCAGCUCUCCUUAUUUGCAAACUUGCAAAAUAAAGAUAAAUUGGACUCCUGGGUGUCACAUUUUCCACAGAGCUAGUUUGCUCCUAAGGCUGUAACAUUUAACUCAAUAAAUUGAAUUGAUGCAUUAAACACUUUUCAGCUUAAAGGCCCAAAUUGGGCGGUUGUUUUUAAAAUGGUGAAUUGUGCUUCAUGUGUUGGUGUUGACCUUUAAAGCCCUAAAUGGCCUCGGCCCAGUAUACCUGAAGGAGCAUCUCCACCCCUAUCAUUCUGCCUGGAUGCUAAGGUCCAACGCUGAGGUCCAGCGCCGAGGGCCUUCUGGCAGUUCCCUCACUGCGAGAAGCAAAGCUACAGGGAACCAGGCAGAGGGCCUUCUCGGUGGUGGCGCCCGCCCUGUGGAACACCCUCCCACCAGAUGUCAAAGUGAACAACAACUACCUGCCAUUUAGAAGACAUCUGAAGGCAGCCCUGUUCAGGGUAGUUUUUAAUGUGUGACAUUUUGAUGUAUUUUUAAUCUUUGUUGGAAGCCGCCCAGAGUGGCUGGGGAAACCCAGCCAGAUGGGCGGGGUACAAAUAAUAAAUUAUUAUUAUUAUUACUUGCAAAUCCACAGGUGAUUCUGGCAGUGGUUGCAGAAGAAGCCCGCCAUUCAGGAAUGAGACCCCCUUCUAAGAUGGUGCCCCCAAUUUGGCUCCCUCCAGAUGUUUCGGUCUACAACUCCCAUCAGCCACAUCUGGAGGGCACCAAGUUGGAGAACCCUGGCUAUAGACACACAUGCACACACACACAGAAGCCUGGCCAAACAUAAACAUACAGUCGUACCCUGGAUCCCAAACGCACUUUUCCUGGACCUUGGAGGUUUAAGCCAGCUGGAAGGGGCUCACCCAUAGCUGUCAACUUUUCCCUUUUCUUGCGAGGAAUCCUAUUCGGAAUAAGGGAAUUUCCCUUAAAAAAGGGGAAACGUUGACAGCUAUGGGCUCGCCACCCUGGGCCUCAGAUAAGCUGUGCACCCGCCUCUGUUGAUAUGCAAAUAUAUGCAGAAUUAAUUAAGCAAUUAAAACUCAUAACUGUUGUUCAAGGUGGGUAAGAUUUAUUUAAUGAGGCCACCAGCCUCUCCUAUUCACUUUCACAAGGAAGCUGGUAUUAGAGCAAUCUUAGGUUGAAUUGGAUUACUGCGUAAUUGAGUUCCAAGUCUUAAAGGGAAGAGUUUUGGCAAGGGAAUCAGGACCUUCGUGUUGUGGGGCAGGAUGUGUCCCUGUUCCCAGGUCCAUCUAACUUGAUGGCUCCAAACCACUGCCUUCGCAUACCCAGGCUGAACCACCAAGUGCCUUUUAAAAGCUAUAUAUACAGAGGGAAAUUUGGAUGAUUGUUGUUCUUUAAAAAAAAGGAAUAAUCUGCAUUAGACACGGGAACGAGCAGGAGAGGUGGGCCCAAUCCUUGGCAGGUCUUGUGUUGCUGACACCUUCGUUUUGUCUCUCUCCAGCAAUUCUCCACUCUCGCGGAAGUGGUUUUCCGAUUUCUGCAGGAACCCAAAGAGGUAAGCCCGCCCACAGUGAUGUCGGCAAGGUAACAUCCGAGGGGGUUAGCUGAGGCUAUUUUUGCUGUAGUUUUACUCAAGGUGAGCAACUUAGGAGCAGCAGGAGCAGCAGCUUUUAAUGCUAAUCACAGUAGCAUUUUUGCAUGAGAUAAAACAAAAGGCCAGUAACCCUGUCACAAGUCUGCAAGUUCUUUUCAAUUCUUUGUAAAGUGUAGAUUGUUGUUCUCAUUUUAUUAUUAUUAUUAUUAUUAUUAUUAUUAUUAAUAGCAAUGUCAUGAAAGUGAUUAUUAUCUCAACCUGAAGGACAAGGUGGGAUGCAUAUUCUGUUAGGGCGCAUUCCAAGCAAUAGCAGACCAUGACAUAUCAGCAGAGGAGCAUGUGUAUGUUUAAACAUGAGAUCCUAUAUGUUGUUGUUGCUGUUUUUGUUUGUUUGUUUGUUUGUUUGUUUGUUUGUUUGUUUAUAACCUGCCCAUCUGGCUGGGUUUCUCCAAUCACUCUGGGCAGCUCCCAACAGAAUAUUAAAAACACGAUAAAACAGCAAACAUUAACAACUUCCUGAUUUUUUAGGGCUGCCUUCAGAUGUCUUCUAAAAGUCAGAUAGCUGUUUAUUUCCUUUACAUCUGAUGGGAGGGCGUUCCACAGGGCGGGCGUCACUACCGAGAAGGCCCUCUCCCUAAACAAAUACAGUCAGCCACAAUAAUAAUAAUAAUAAUAAUAAUAAUAAUAUAAUAUUGCCCUUCAUCUGAGAAUCACAGGGCAGACUUGCCCCCUUUGCUGACCUCUAGCAAUCACACUUUUCUAUCACCAACUCAUUCUCAUCCCUUCCUUUGGGGCCCUGGGGUUUGGAACAAUUUUAUUGGACUGUUUGAAAAGAAAGAAAGAAAUACUGUGAGUCUGACGGUUUCCUCCUCACCAGAUCUUCUCCAAAGUUAGCCAUAAUGAGCUCUGUGGGGCUUCCUCCCAGGUAAGGGAGAAACAGGUUCUAAAGUCAAGACUAUUAAAACGAGGCCUUCCUUAAUUUACGACUUGCGCCAGGAUCUCGCCCCUUCUUUGUGCCUCUUCCUUUAAUGACUGCUCAGCUUUCCCUACCGAAACAAGUCAUAAAUUCUGCCCGAACUUGGGCAGACAACUUGGAAACCACCAGAUGUUUAGCUAAAAUUAUGCCCUGCUUUCUCAAACCAAUUCCUAUAAAAGGAGGGGGGCUCCUGUCUCUAAACAGGGACGGAGAUGUCGGCUAAAAUAAAAAAUAACAAAGGUUAUUAUAUUAUAUUAUUAUAUUAUAUUAUAUUAUAUUAUAUUAUUAUAUUAUAUUAUUAUAUUAUAUUAUAUUAUAUUAUAUUAUAUUAUAUUAUAUUAUAGUGGCAGUAGUCAGACAGCAGAGAAAUAUCCCCAGAUUGUUUCUUAAGGCCACUUUUCACCCUGCUGUUUACAAGUUGGGAACUUUUCCUUGAACAUCUGAUUCUCAGUUCCAUCAGAGACUAAGGUUACUUCUAAGCUCUGAACAGGAAAUAUUCAAAAUCAAAAGCUAGCCAAAGGUGGUGGUGUUGUUGUCGUUUAGUCGUGUCCGACUCUUCAUGACCCCCUGGACCAGAGCACGCCAGGCACUCCUGUCUUCCACUGCCUCCCUCAUGCUGGUAGCUUUGAGAACACUAUCCAACCAUCUCGUCCUCUGUCGUCCCCUUCUCCUUGUGCCCUCCAUCUUUCCCAACAUCAGGAUCUUUUCCAGGGAGUCUUUUCUUCUCAUGAGGUGGCCAAAGUCUUGGAGCCUCAGCUUUAGGAUCUGUCCUUCCAGUGAGCACUCAGGGCUGAUCCCUUAUUUUCGAGGCUGCUGGUCCCUUAUUUUCAAAUCUGUAAGUUGACAGCUAUGCUCCGUGGUCCCUUCGAACUCUACAGUUUUAUGAUUCAAAGUCCCCGUGAACUCAGUGGAACUGACUUUGGAGUCAGGCAGGCAUAGGAUUGCGCCAGAAACUCGCACCUGUCUGCAGCUUGGAGGUGUGGAUCGCCCUGUCUGCUCUUCUCCUCUUACAGGUCGAAAGGUUCCUAGCUCAGCUCUCUGAAUUUGCCACCAGCAAUAAACUCAGCCCGGGCCCUUUGAAGAACAUUGUUAAAAGCCUCCUGUUGGUGCCAAAUGGUGAGUGGCAGCUUGGGGGUCCCUGGCGCUGUGUGGGUGCCGGUCGUACACCAGGGGAAUCGAGAGAGGAGCUUCUCCCCUCUUUCGUGAUGGGACCCCUCACAAGGGGGGCAGCUGCUCAGUGAAGUAAUAAUAAUAAUAAUAAUUAAAUUAUUUAUUUACCUACAGGACCGCCUCUCCUGGUAUGCCCCACGGAGGACGUUACGGUCUUCAAACAAAAACAUCUUGGAGGUCCCGGGCCACAGGGAGGUUAGGCUGGCCUCAACUAGAGCCAGGGCUUUUUCGGCUGUGGCCCCGAUCUGGUGGAACGCUCUGUCCCAAGAGACUAGGGCUCUGCGGGAGUUGACAUCUUUCUGCAGGGCCUGCAAGACGGAGCUGUUCCACCAGGCCUUUGGCCAAGGCACAGCCUGACCCCCUCCUUCGGUAAUCCUCACAGAACUCUAGCCCAAUGGUUGCCAUUAAUCUGAUUUGAAGUGAUUUUAUAAUGAAAUGAUUUUAGAAUAUUGUAUCAUUUUACUGUUGUUAGCUGCUCUGAGCCCGGCUUCGGCUGGGGAGGGUGGGAUAUAAAAAAAAUAUUAUUAUUGUUAAUAUUAAUACCCCGCCCUCCCCAGCCAGAGCUCAGGGCGGCUAACACCAGUAAAAUUACAAUUUAACAAAAAACCAAUUUUAAAUACAGGUUAGAAAAUAAUUUAAAAUUCAGCCUCAUUUUAAUAGUAGCCCAUAGAUCAAAACCAUAAGGGGAGGGAAACAUAAGGGUCAGACUGAGUCCAGACCAAAGGCCAGGCGGAACAGCUCUGUCUUGCAGGCUUUGCGGAAAGAUGUCAAGUCCCACAGGGCCCUAGUCUCUUGGGCAGAGCGUUCCACCAAGUCGGGGCCAGUACUGAAAAGGCCCUGGCCCUAGUUGAGACCAAUCUAACCUCCUUGCGGCUUGGGACCUCCAAAGUGUUGUUAUUUGUGGACUUUAAGGUCCUCUGUGGGGCAGACCAGGAGAGGCAGUCCCGUAGGUACGUAGGAACAUAAGGAGAGCCAGGGUGCAGGAUCAGGCCAAAGGCCCACGGAGUCCUGAAUUCUGUUCUCAUGGUUGCCAGCCAGAUACCCACAGGAAGACCCCAACCUAAGCACAAUAGCAGCGCUUUUGAUUCACAGCUAGGACAGAUGCAUCAGGACCAAGUAGCCACUUGUCCCCACGGAUUUGUUGAAACUCCUUUUAAAGCCAUCCACGCUGGUGAACGUCUUGUGGCAGUGAGUUCCAAAGUUAAAACCGUGCGAAAAAGUACCGUAUUUUUCGCUCUAUAAGACGCACCAGACCACAAGACGCACCUAGUUUUUGGAGGAGGAAAACAAGAAAAAAAAUAUUCUGAAUCUCAGAAGCCAGAACAGCAAGAGGGAUCGCUGCGCAGCGAAAGCAGCAAUCCCUCUUGCUGUUCUGGCUUCUGGGAUAGCUGCACAGCCUGCAUUCGCUCCAUAAGACGCACACACAUUUCCCCUUACUUUUCAGGAGGGAAAAAGCGAGUCUUAUAGAGCAAAAAAUACGGUAUCUCAUCAAGAAUCUUCCAACGUCCCAUUUUGGCGACUGCCUUAUUCCAGCGCUUAACUCCAUACAGUAGCGAUGUUGUCUAACCAGACUUCUCUCUCUCUCUCCCCUUUCCCCCCUCCAUCUGUCUGUUUUAUGCCUUGUUUAUCUCAGGUGCCCUAAAGAGAGGUCUGUCGGCAGAGCAGGUUAGAGCAGAUCUUAUCACCCUGGGUAGGUCUUUUUGAAAAGCCUCCGGCGAUUCUGGAAGGUGGACGGUGGCUGCCGGCCUCUCAUUUAACUGUCUUGAAUUUCUCCUGCAGGGCUGAGUGAGGAGAAGGCCAGCUAUUUCGAAGAGCAGGUACUAUGAACAUUCCUUUCGCUACUGAAAUUUUAAUUCCGCAGGGGGGAAAGGUGCUUUUCCUCUGCGCUGCCUGUUCUCUGAACUAAUUGCACAAAUCAAAUGAAAUACUGUGAAAAUCCCUGAAACGAGAAGUAAUCGACUAGAUAUAUUAUCUAAUGGAAAUAAACUAAAUAAUAAGAAAUAUCAAAACGCUUAAGGAAAAAAUUAGAAAUUUGAAUUUUAGAUUUUUCUAUUUUUUUCGUUAAGCUUUUUGAUUUUUCUUAUUUAGAUAAAAAACAAAUACCUUAUUUUUCGCCCUAUAGGACGCACCGGCCCAUAGGACGCACUUUUUUUUGGGGGGGGGAUAAAGGGAAAAAAUAUUAUUUCCCCCCCCGAGCCCCAAAGAGCAAAGAAGCCAUGACAGCGAGCGGGAUGGAUCCGUUCGUUUUUAGCCUCGGGGCUGGGGGUCCAGGAGCGAAGGCGAGGUUGCGCAAUCUCGCCAUCACUCCCAGAGCUUGCGGGGCUGGGGGCGGGGGAAGCCCGAGCUUCCCCCGUCCCCAGCCCCCAGAACAGGCUGUUGCCCGCAAGCCUUGCGAGCCCGCAGGAACUCCCCCCGGGUGCGCAAGGCUUGCGGACACCUGCAUGAAGCACGGGGCGUCCUCUGGAGGGCGCCCUGUGCUACGGGCUGCAGGCUGCUGCCCGCAAGCCCACGGGAACUCCCGCCGGGCUCGCAAGGCUUGCGGAUAGCUUCCUGAAGCCUGGAGAGGGAGAGGGGUCAGUGCGCACCGACACCUCUCGCUCUGCAGGCUUCAGCGAAAGCCUGCAUUCACCCCAUAGGACGCACACACAUUUCCCCUUCAUUUUUGAAGGGGAAAAGGUGCGUCCUAUAGGGCGAAAAAUACGGUAAAACAAAACCUACAUACAGCAACAGUCUUUUGUGUUGUGUAGGCUCCUAGGAUGUAAGUCAUGGGCCCCACCUGCUCCCUAAAAUAUCACUGGUUUGCUCAUUUCUAUACACAGUGGUACCUUGGUUCUGAAACUUAAUCUGUUCUGGAAGUCCGUUCCAAAACCAAGGCGUGCUUUCCCAUAGAAAGUAUUGCAAAACGGAAUAAAUCCGUUCCAGACUGAAACAGCAAUUUAAUUUCACUGUUAAUAUACUUCUUAAUUGUAUUCCAGUUCGACAUUUACUUUGAUAAAAUACAUAUUUUGUUAUGCGCAAAUGGCUUUCGAUACCUAUUAGGUCCAUAAAUUACCAUAUAGCAUAUAUUCAACACAAAAAACAGCAACAGUGUGUUGUUGACAAAGGACAGCUGGACAUAGAAAGGGCCCCAUUACCUUCAGGAAUUGAGGGCCUCAUCAAACCUAAAUCCGGCCCUGCAUCUUGCGUGUGAAACUCUGGAAGCCAGGCUUCCGCGAAGGUGGUCUUGGGUGGAAUGGGGACUCCGGACACACAUGCCGGUUUUUGUUUCAUUUUGCUUUCUGCAAUCUUUCCAGUGGAAGGAGAAAUCGCCCACCCUCUCCCGCCUGGCUGUGGGCCAGACCCUGAUGGUGAACCAGCUCGUAGACAUGGAGUGGAAAUUUGGAGGUGAGCGGAGUUGGAAGGGACCCCAAGAGUCAUCUAGUCCAACCCCCUAUGGCCCCAGGUGCCUCCACCCCACGGAAGCUCCGCCUUCCAGUUUCCCCAGGGCACCCACAUUGAUUUUCUUUGUUCUCUCCGGCAGUUACAGCAGGAAGCAGCGAACUGGAGAAAGCCGGAAGCAUCUUCCUGCAGGUGGGUAUCGUGCCGUGCAAGAGGCGAUGCUGUUUUUGAAAGACCCGCUCAGGUAGAGCCAGGGGCAAAAAAUAGGGUGUUGGCACAGGCGCUGGGAAAAGGCCAUCCUGUAUCCCGCAGACGCUUGUGCCUGAAGAAUUCAGCGUCCCAGGAAACUCUGCUUUUGUUUUGGUUUCCAAAAACCAAGUUUCUAGUAUGGCAGCAGAGAGAGGCUUGAAAGUGUUUGGGCAGUGCGGUUUGGGGAGGUAGGCGGAGGGCUGAGAGGGCAUCCCAGUGGUACGGGACUUCAGCAUCUUUGGUCCUCCCCCUGGCUAGCAGAAGCAGCAAAAUAGUGAGGUGGUGCAACAGAUCUGCCUUGGAGGUGCGCCUUAUACAGGUGGCAGAACUGGAGCCCUCCAGCUAUUUUGGACUACAGUUUCCAUCAGCCCCAGCCAACAUGGGACUCAGUGCUCAUUUUGGGUAGGGUGAUAGGUGCAGAUUUCUUCCCCUUCGCAAAUCUCCAUCCUUUCCUGUGGGUCACAGCCCAGAGUGGCUUGUCUCUGUCCCCCUGUCCAGAAGCAUCCAUGCACACACCCUAAUUCCCAACUCCUCAGCCGCUCCAUCUACCGCCCUGCAAAAACAUUACCGGUGGAAGAAUCUCAGGGUUUUCUCUUUGCAGAAAAAAAGCACAGUGUUUUAACAUUUCUCGCCUGCUCACUUGGAUGCAACUUCCUUUAUUCUGACAAAAUAAACCUGAUUUUUAUUUCCAGCUGAAGUUGGUGAUUAGGAAAGGAAACAAAGUGGAGCCUUUGUACAUGGGUGAGUGAGCCAUUAUUUUGUCCUGGGGGGGUGGGUGUUCUGCAAAGAGAGGGAGGCAGUUGAAGCCCCAGGAAGGCUGAAAUUGCAUCUCCUGCAAAAGACAUUGCAAGGGCAUGUAUUUUGGGAUGGGGGGGGGCGAGGGGAGCUGCUUCUUUCAACUAACUCUAAGGUCAGAGUUUUGUCCCUCGACUUGAGUGCAUUCAGUGGUAUCCAUUUAUUAUUAUUAUUAUUAAUUAUUAUUAUUAAUAUCCCUCAUUUUCCCCAGACUGGGACUCAGGGCAGCUUGCACAAAUUAAAACAACACAGAUAAAAUGCAAAAAGCUUAAAAAGGUAGCAGUGAUAAUGGUUAAAAGCAUUAUUAUUAUGAUUAUGAUUAUUAUUAUUAUUAUUAUUAUAUUUUGGGAGCUGCAGCUGUAAAAAGAAAACUGCUCAGCUACUCAAGCUCCAGUGGAGAUCUCUGGGGAUGAACGGACACUUAUAUCAUUUUGCCUCUUACUCGCCUUUUCUCUGAACUUACUAAAAGUCCCAAAUGCUUCAGCCCAGCCAGAUGGGCGGGGUAGAAAUAAUAAAAUCACCGUUGUUAUUACUAAUCUUUCUUCUGUCCCCUUGAUCAUUUUGCUUUCCCUUUUCCGAGCAACGAUUAACUUGCUGCAGGGAAAACAAAAGUGCUUUUCUUGUUUGGUGAGUCCCGAAUCAUUUCCGUUUUUCUUUCUUCUCUCUCUCUCUCUCCCUGCCCGCGGAACCAGAGCUGACGCUGCCUCAGUUUUACAGCUUCCUUCACGAGAUGGAGAGGAUGAAAACCAGCCUGGAAUGCCUCAGCUGAGUUUCCUGUGGGGCAUCGGCGCUGCCUGCUUAAAACCAGAGAGUGAAAGCUGAACGCCCACCGUCCAAGGCCCCUGGACCAGAUCCUCCAAGCACCAUUUUCCCCAUUGAGAGGUUUGGGGUCAAAGACGCACCCCGCUUUUAAAGUCUGGCUCUCUUGGGGCUCUAAGACAAGGACAGCAAGGGUGGGAAAUGUUUUGUAAAACCUGCAGAAGUCUGAUGUUUUUUAUCUCUCUGGCUGCAUAAAAGGCUUGUUUAGGGAGCAGAUAAUGCUCCUUGAAAGAGGCUCAAGGAAGCAAAAAUAAAAUGGGGGGGGGCAAUAACUUUUUGCUCUCCUUGAGAGGAAGAGGUGGCAGCUAUAAAAUCUCCUUUAAAAUCUUUUUUAAAAGUGUAAUUUAGAACAUUGGUUUGCAUAACCCACUGAGGAAGAGAGUAACACAGUAAAAUUCAAAACAGUAGCAGUUCAUUGCAUAGUUAUUCAAGAACCAUCCUUGGAGGUUUUUAAGCCUAGGUUGGGUGGCCUGGAUACUUCAGCUGAGAAUCCUCCACUGCAAGAGGGUGGACUAGAUGACUCUAAGGGUCCCUUCCAACUCUUAAUGAUUCUGCGAUUCUAAAACCCAGUUUGGUUUAAUUAACUUGGCAAAACUGAUGAACCGGGUUUCGAAGUCUGAUAGUCAUUUGCACCUCCAGCACACACACACUCACACCCGCCACCUCCUUGCCUCUUCGUGCCCCCCUGGGCAAUCCACACACCCCCCCCCAGGAGGUGCCAACGCCUAUUUCAGAACCACUUUCCCUGAAUGGAAGUACAAAUUCGCCAUAGCCUUGCCCAAUGGGAUGCGGGUGGCGCUGUGGUCUAAACCACUGAGCCUCUUGGGCUUACCGAUUGGAAGGUUGGUGGUUCGAAUCCCCGCGACGGGGUGAGCUCCCGUUGCUCUGUUCCAGUUCCUGCCAACCUAGCAGUUCAAAAGCACACCAGUGCAAGUAGAUAAAUAGGUACCGGUGCAACAGGAAGGUAAACGGCGUUUCCUUGUGCCAGAAGUGGUUUAGUCCUGCUGGCACAUGACCCGGAAAUCUGUCUGUGGACAAACGCCAGCUCCCUCGGCCUGAAAAGCGAGAUGAGCGCCGCAACCCCAGAGUUGCCUUUGCCUGGACUUAACCGUCCAGGGGUCCUUUACCUUUUACCUUUAUAACUUUGUCCAGAUCCUUGCACUUCUUAUCAGUAGCCCCCUUCAUUUGCAAAUGGAUCUUCCAGCAUUGCCUAAUACUUUUGUGGGAUCAGGGAUCUCUGAAACCUGCCUCUUUCCAUUCCGUGGGAUUUUUCCGGCCAUGUUCCAGAGACGCUCCAAUGCAUCCCUGGGUUCUUCAUUUUUUCACCUCACUGAAGGGGGGAAAGGGAAGAAAGUUGUGCAAGUUUGCCCAAAAACGCCUCUCAAAAGAGGAAGGCAUUCACCAAAGGCCAGACACCUUGACACGCCACCUUUGGGUGAAGAUUGCCAGAUGAUGGGGGCCACUAUUAUUUUUUUUUUUAAAUUUUAGCCUUCCUACAGAGCAGCUGUCACCAGCCUGUUUCUCUCUAGAUGUUUUGGACUACAGUAAUCAUAAUAAUUUUAUUAUUAUGUGACAGGGUUGCCCCAGCCACUGGGUGUCUCCUAACAAAAUAUUUAAAAACACAAUAAAACAUCACACAUUAAAAGCUUCCCUGUACAGGGCUGCCUUCAGAUGUCAGUGGAAAGUCAUGUACAGUGGUACCUUGGUUCUUGAACUUAAUCCGUUCUGGGAGGCUAUCCGACUCCCGAAACCGUUCAAAAAGCAAGGCGCAGCUUCUGAUUGGCUGCGGGGUGUUCCUGCACUCAAUCAGAAGCCGCGUCAGGCGUUCAGCUUCCAAAAAACAUUUGCAAACCGGAACACUUUCAGGUUUGCGGUAUUCAGGAGCCAAACCUUACAACUACGAAGGUACCACUGUCGUUGUUUGUCUCCCUGACAUUGGACGGGAGGGCGUUCCACAGGGUGGGUGCCACCAUCGAGAAGGCCCUCUGCCUGGUUCCCUGUAGCUUGGCUUCUCGCAGGGAGGGAACCGCCAGAAGGCCCCCAGAGAUGGACCCCGGUGUCCGGGCUGAACGAUGAGGGUGGCGACGCUCUUUCAGGUAUACAACUCCUGUUGUGGGAAUUGUCGUCUGAAACUUCUGGAGAGCACCAAUGUAUUGAUGGUUGUUCAGUUAGGCAAGCGUCCUUUUCUCAGCUAUAGGGGAAUCAAAUGCUCUUUGGCAAAAACUCAAAAUCUUGUGAACCUGCAAGUUGAAAGUGGCAGCAGGUGGGCUUCCUUCUCUCCGGUGAUCCAGAAUGAUAAUCUCUUUGGGGGGGGUGCAAUCCGUCUUUGAGGUGUGCCCUGCUCACACCUAUGCGCAUACUUGCACACCUCUCCUAUGGCCGCGAGACCGAACUAGCCUUCCAUGUGUGUCCUUUCUUCCAACCACACUCUGCACCCCAACAAUUUGCAUUUUUUUAUAUUGCAGGGAAAUACAUAGCGCCCGAAAUGGAUUUUCCAGAGUGUUCUGCAGUAGUUGCUUUUCCUGGGACAACCCUGUGCCCUGGUAUAAUUCUUCGUAGACUCUCAGUAAAACCAACAAUUGAAAUUGGGCGGUUUUUUAAUUGACUCUAUUACAUUAAAUUUAUACCCCACUACAUUGUUUUUUUAAAAAAUGGUUUGCAGGAAAGGCAAAUGAGU